GAAUGUGAAACUUGUUUCAUUCAAGCAAACCAAGUUAUGAAUGGAAAUGGUGAUUUUUAUCGAGAAUCGUUACCUUUUUCUGAAUUUCUUAUGACUGCGUUCGCUUAUCCCGCGGAUGUGUCUGUAUCGAAACAGACAUUGUCGCCACCACAUUCUUCUCAACAAUAUGUGUACGCCGGAGUAGAAAAUGGUGAUUUGUAUAGAAUUGAUAUAAUUUCUGAUAUCAAAAUUGUGUAUACCCUUCUGCGGAGUGGAUUAAAUGCGAUCGGAACUGCUAUGGCGGCAUUGUGCUUUGAUCCUAAUGUUGGGAAUUUUGUCAUUUUAAGUGGUGAAAUGAGUGAUGGAGCAGUUGUCCUGAUCUGCCCGGACUCCAAAACCCAAAUAACGUGUAGUAUACCAAAUUGGGCACCAAUUUUGGAUUUCCAAAUGCUCGAUUUCCAUCAAGAGCGUCAUGAUGUUAUAUUUACUUGUAGCGGGCGUGACAAAUAUGGAUCUAUCAGAGAGUUAAGAAAAGCUGUAGGCGUCAAUGUAAUCACGCGAACAGGACCUGAUUUCUACGGAGUUAAUGCACUUUGGAAUUUGAAGUACAAUAAUAACGAUAAGGCUGAUUCUUUCUUGGCCCUUUCAUAUGCCAAUUCUACGCGUCUAAUGAAUAUUAGUCAAGGGGAGUUAUAUGAUAUUAGUGAACACAGUGGGCUUAAUUUGGAAGUGAGCUCUUUAUGCGUUGCUUCGCUUGGUUCUGCGCCUGGUUUUGUAGUUCAGAUCCAUCGUUUAGAAAUUGUUGUAUCUGAACCCUAUGAUGGAGUGGGUGCUAGGAUUGCAAAUACUUCAAGCCGAUGGACGCCACCCGAAAAUACGGUCAUUGAAGUUGCUGCGGUAUAUGGUUCGAUUGUCAUCGUUGGCUUAUCUACCUUCAAUGGAAGCGUAAUCACCGUUAUUCGCUUGGAUUUCGAUAAUGACACUGCUCUUGUGCCUUAUCCUCUUUGUGUCAUUGGAACGUUCAGACCAAGCAUUAAGAUCUUAUCCUUAAAAUCUGAUUAUUAUUUGGAGAUUUUACACGAGGAGCUUUUGGUUAACGUACCGGAAUCUGCAUGUAUAAUUGGAAGCAUAGAGAAAUCAUUUUUCUUAAUUGGCCUCAGAGAGGGUACAGUCAUUUAUUAUCAAUGGUCUUGGUCUCUGGCGGAGAACAAACCACAUCUUACAAACCCAGUGGUCAGACGAAUUGGCACAUUGCCUGUCAAGUUUAUUGAUCCAGAUUCAAGUCAAGCGGCGUUUAUCAAAGAACAAAAUGAUUUAUACACAGUAUUAGCAUUAUCUGAUCGACCCUGGCAAAUAGAACAUUCACAUCAUAUCGGAUUGAAUUUUGUAUGCGUGGCAUUUGAACAUUAUGAACAUGUGCAAGGUGCCACAGUUUUCCAUUAUGAUGGUUUAUCACAGGGUUAUAUGUUUAUUUCGCAAAACUGUCUUAAUUUCGUGCAAUUAAAUAAUUUCACAAAAAACAAUAUAAGAACUAUACCAGUAUUAGAUACACCACGUAGAUUAUUUUAUGAUGAUUUCAAUAAAUUAAUAGUAGUCGCUUGCACUAGUUGUAAGGAUGUUUUUCCUACUUCUGUGUUAAAACUCAUUGAUCCAGUAAAUGGAGAUAUCAUACACGAAUUUAAAUUGCAGGACGAGGACUAUCCUGAUAAUCUUGAGGCCGUUUAUUCAAUCACAGGAUGGCAGUUCACAAUAGAAAGACAAGAAUAUCGUUGGAUAUGCGUUGGGAUUGGUGUACAUGAUGCAGAAGAAAGGCAUAUGAUAGGAAAAAUUGCACCUAUUGGAGGGCGACUCAUGAUCUUUUUGAUAAAAAAAACACCAGUUGCCCAAGGCUCUGGAUUUAAAUAUGAAUUACGAAAAAUAAAUCAAAUCGAUGUUAACGGUGUUGUUCAUGCUAUAUGCCCAUUGAGUGAGACGUACAUUCUCAUUGGGGCUGGAAAAACCUUGAACUUAUUACGUCAUUACUUUGAAGAAAAAAAGGAAAGGUUGACACGUUUGAUAUCUGAUUCAAUUAUGUUAAACGAAAAUUUAGCAGUUGGGGCUGAUAAAUGUGGAAAUAUUUUUGGUUUAUUAUAUAAUCAAGAUGAUUCGAGUAUUGAACCAUGUUUGGAACCAGUUUUUUCCUUUCAUGAAGCCGAAAUUGUCUCACGAUUGCGUGUUGGAUAUCUCGGUUAUCGAACAGAAACAAUGAAUAAGCUUGUAGAAACAUCAUCAGAUCACCAUUCUGAAGCCAAAGAAGUGCCUGAUGACUUAGGAUGGGAUAUGAACCACGAACUUUCUCAUCCAGUCGCAACUAUCGUUGGUUGUUCUCUUCUUGGAAGCGUAUUUUUAUUCAUGCGAAUUAGUAUAAAAUCAUAUCGACUUAUGUCUGUUUUGCAAUCCAUUCUUGAAAAGUGGCCAUCAACACGUCCAUGUAAUAAUAAUAUAAGAUUUAGAUCGGAUAGUAAUAAUACCAGUCCUAUCAACGUUAUUAUUGAUGGUGAUAUGGUGUCUCAAUUUUUACGUUUGUCCCGGUUUGAACAGCUUAGAAUUAUUGAACGCAACCCGGAAUUAAUAAAGGCUGGAACAACAUUUAUUCUUGGUGAUAAAUGUGAACUAUAUGAAUAUGAAAAGCAACCAAUUAGAGAUACUUUAGAGAAUGAUAUGGAGGAUCAGCUCAUACCACCAGAGGAUGAAGAUGAAUAUAUUUAUAUUGAAAACGAGCAAGAUUCUGAAGAUACUUUAGAUAUGAAAAUUUAUAAGGAUGACAACAUUAGGUCUGUGUCGGUAGAAGAAAUAGCGGAUGCAUUGCAACUUUCAUUGUUGGAGUUAAAUAUGCAGGUUUCAUAA